AUGCUGUCACGCACCGCCGCGCCGGCUAAGGCGUCGGCUAAGAAGACCCUCUCGAGCGCCGUUGCUGCUGCUACUGCGGCCGCGGCCACAACCCCAUCAGUCACAGCGACGACGACAACGACCUCUGCGAGUACAUUGUCGCCUGCGCAAUGCCGGACGUUUGCCACCGUCCAGGACGCCAACGCCGCCAAUGUGCGCACCUACGGCGGCCUGCGCGACCAGGACCGCAUCUUCCAGAACCUGUAUGGGCGCUUCCCGCCUGACCUGAAGAGUGCGAAGAAGAUGGGCGAUUGGCACAAGACGAAGGAGAUUAUUCUCAAGGGUCAUGACUGGAUUAUUGGCGAGAUUAAGGCUUCGGGUCUGCGCGGGCGUGGUGGUGCUGGUUUCCCUUCGGGUUUGAAAUGGUCCUUUAUGAAUUUCAAAGACUGGGACAAGGACGAUAAGCCGAGGUACCUGGUGGUCAACGCCGAUGAGGGUGAGCCCGGCACCUGCAAGGACCGCGAGAUCAUGCGCAAGGACCCCCACAAGUUGGUCGAGGGCUGUCUCGUCGCCGGCCGCGCCAUGAACGCCUCGGCCGCCUACAUCUACAUUCGCGGCGAAUUUAUCCACGAGGCUGCCGUGCUGCAGAACGCCAUCAACGAGGCCUACGCCGACGGGCUGAUCGGUAAGAACGCCUGCGGCUCCGGCUACGACUUCGACGUCUACGUCCACCGCGGCGGUGGUGCCUACGUCUGCGGCGAGGAGACCAGCCUGAUCGAAUCGCUUGAGGGCAAGCCGGGCAAGCCGCGUCUCAAGCCGCCCUUCCCCGCGGCCGUCGGCCUAUUCGGCUGCCCCUCCACCGUGGCCAACGUCGAGACCGUCGCUGUAGCGCCCACCAUCUGCCGGCGCGGGGGCAGCUGGUUCGCCGGCUUCGGCCGCGAGCGUAACCAGGGCACCAAGCUCUUCUGCAUCAGCGGGCACGUCAACAACCCAGUGACCGUCGAGGAGGAGAUGAGCAUCCCGAUGCGCGAGCUAAUCGACAAGCACUGCGGCGGCGUUCGCGGCGGGUGGGAUAACCUGCUAGCCGUCAUCCCCGGCGGCUCGUCGACGCCCAUCCUGCCCAAGCACAUCUGCGACAACCAGCUGAUGGACUUUGACGCCCUCAAGGACAGCCAGUCCGGUCUCGGCACCGCCGCCGUCAUCGUCAUGGACAAGAGCACCGACGUUGUGCGCGCCAUCUCCCGUCUUAGUCACUUUUACCGCCACGAGUCCUGCGGCCAGUGCACCCCCUGCCGCGAGGGCAGUAAGUGGACGGAGCAAAUCAUGCAGCGCUUCGAGAAGGGCAUGGGCCGCGAGCGUGAGAUUGAUAUGCUCCAGGAGCUGACCAAGCAGGUCGAGGGGCAUACCAUUUGCGCUCUCGGCGAGGCCUUCGCCUGGCCCAUCCAGGGCCUGAUCCGCCACUUCCGCCCCGAGCUCGAGGCUCGCAUGCAAAAGUUUGCCCAGGAGACUGGCGGCGAGGCCCUGGCUGGAGGCUGGAACCACGACUCACGGCUGCAGGGCAAGCUUGUCUCACCGGGUAUGUAA